AUGAAUGUCAGUACCUACGCUGUCGCUCCAUGUACGCAUUUUCCCCAACAUGAUGAGCUCAUAGGGGCUCUCGACCGCCUCUUCCGGGAGCACCGUGCACCCCCAGCAAUUGUACAGCACUCGUUUUCCGACCGUCGCCCCGCAAACCAUUACGAAGAAUUUGUUUACCUUAUUACACCUUUUCUCAUUCGUCCGACGAGUGAGCUCUUGGAAGACAUCGGUCGUACCGUCGCUCCAGCCCAGGCUCGCUUUACGACCCUCCUCAGUUCUCACCUCUCUCCGGUAUUUCCCCCACCGCCGGUAUCUACAUUGUAUGCGCCUCCCAAUGAAAAGGAUUUCGUUGUGGCUCGAUCACGCCUCCACCUAGCCGAUGUCCAUACGGGUAACACCGUGCCGGGCGGGUUCCAGUCCACAUUCGAAAGCACAAUGACAAUCCAAUCGGCAGAAUUCAACCAGAUUAGGUCAACGCUUAGUGGGGCUUAUAUCGUAAAGCCAUGCUCUAAAAACCCGGGCAAUGCAACGCUUACCAUUGUUUGUCCUCGAGUUAUACUUCGGCACAGUACUGACUCGAAUCGCCAUUCAUACGUUCUCCAUUCUCUUUCGGCUACCGUCCGUCAAGAUCCCAAUGCUCCGUUGGGAUGCACUAUCGCCCCACACUUUGCCCCACGCGAUCCAAGAUUUGAAAGGACAUGCAAUGGCCUUCGCUACGAGUGUACCUGGGUCUGGGAAGUCUUGGACAAAGAGCUGCGCGCAAACGGAUUCACGGGCUGCGAUGACCGACAUAUGCCGGGUACUGCGGUGGACUCCAACAACAACGAAUCCGGCGCUGCGGCUGUAAAAUCCGGGAGUGUGACACACGGUAACACCGAGCCUAUUGCUCGCGCUUGUUUCCGACAGCGCUCAGCUACUAUUCCGAAUAGAUGUCCCAAAUCACCCUUAUUCGAACCACCCGCCGAAAGUAUCGUAGUCAAUGUCCCCGUUUCUUCUUCGACUUCUACAAUACAUCCCCUAUGUGUGACAUUUGUCGCCACACUCACGAGCGCCCCAGGCCUGGACGCUAUUGAUGCCAUACACCGAUCCUCGCAGUGGGCAGAUCCUCAAGCCCGCGAGGAUCUCCAAAACGCGUUCGACAAGGCUCACCCUGCGGUGCAGGUUGUACACCAUGUGGUUCGAGUCGAGAUCCCGGAUGUGAGAGAGAUGGUUAGGACCAGGCUAGGAUAUGACGAGCUGGAUAGUCCCAGCACAGACUUGGAAGUCGAAAGACUGGGGGGUCCGGAAAUUGGGGUGUAUGCACACCGACGUAGGGGUGAUUCCUUUUUCGGCGAACUACAGAUCUCUCUAGAUCGGGAUGCCGGUGUAGUAGGAAGAAGGGGAGACGAAGACGAAGAAGAUAAUUCGGAAGAUGAAGAAUGA